AUUUUACUAGAGUUCAAUAGAAUGUGAACGAGGAGGGGGGAGAGAGAGAGCGAGUGGUUUGAGCGGACCUUUGGGGAAACAUUCCGUCCGUGGGGGGAUUGGAACACAAUCACUACAGAACUCAUCACGCUAUGAUACAACGGCGCAUUCCCGAAAAGACCAUUCACAGCAUGGCACUCACUGAAAGAGAGACUUUCGCCAAAGGGCAAAUGUUGCUGUUACCUGUAUCCCCAAAUCCCAUGGAUUUUUAACUGAACAAGAAAAAACAUCCAACGAACAUCAAGUUAAGCAUCUUAAGAAGAAUAUAAAAAAUAGGAUAGCAGAGAUGCAGGGGGACCUGGGCUCCCAGAGGAGUUUCAGUGUGUUGGACCGCCUCCUCCACACACACCCUAUCUGGCUGCAGCUGUCAAUCAACGCUGACUCCGCCCUCUACAUCUUGCUCAGAGAACCUGUCGGGACGUUCCUGGUGCGUAAAUGCAGCUCCAGCCAGAGGAAGAUGUUGUGUGUCCGAGUGACAGCUGACAGGGCAGCGUCCUCCAUCAAGGAGUGUCUCAUAUGUGAGGAGGACUCAACCUUCGCCCUGGAGAGCUCCGCCCUCAGCUUCCCAGACCUCUGCCGAUUGGUGGCCUUCUACUGCAUCAGCAGAGAUGUGCUGCCUUUCCCUUUGGAGCUCCCAGAAGCCAUUGCUCAGGCCUCUUCCCACAGAAAGCUGGAGGCCAUCUCUCAUAUGGGAUUAGAGUUCUGGUGUCCCCUGUCUGACACCCAGAAUGGACCAGGGGACUGGCAGGCUCCACCCACCAUAAUUAAGGCCCCACCCAGCACCACCAAGGCUCCACCCAUCAGUGCCACCCAGGUCAAGGCAGGUCUGUCCCAGGACCUGUGUUACCUGCUGUCCUGCGGCAGACAGGAGUCUCUCUGCUUCAUCAACCCACUCUUCCUACAGGUGGAGCAGCAGCAGCAACAGCAACAGCAGCCAACCCAGGUGGCGUCACACAAACGCCACCGGUUCAAACGCAGUAUGAGGGUCCGUGUCUCCACCGAGAGCUCCAUGACUCUGUCUGGUGGUGGGGGGGCUGGGUCGUUUCCUUCCUCAGUCCCAGAAGACCCCCAGGACCAGGAGAGGCUCCAGCCCACCCCCCUCCAGCCCAGUCCCAACCCACACAGGAAGAUCCAUCCUGGGGCUGGCGUCCUGAGGAGGACCCCUGCACUGUCCCCGACGUCGGCAGAGGAUGAGGAUCUCGUGCCAAUAAAUGUACCGCCACCGGUAAAGGCUCCAACAGAACAAGUGGUGGAGGUAGAGGAGGACCUUCCUGCUCCAGAGGAGCCUAGCAUCGAGGUGGCGUGCCUAGCCUUGGAGGGCCGCCCGGCCCCCUCUCUGGCCGAACUGGACAGCAGCAGCUCAUUCAGCAGCCUGGAGGAAGAGGAACCAGAACCAGAGGACCAGUUCUUUAAACAACCAAACCACAACCCCCAGCACCGCCCGCCCAUGGUGCGCUCACGGGGGGGCCACGGAGGCCUCCACAGGAUGAGUGCGGCGUUUGUGUGUUUCUUCGCUCCAGAGAAGAGGCUCGCCAGGCUGGUGGAGGAGCUGUCCAGGGAUCGGAGGUCUGCGUUUGGUUCCCUGGUCCAGGAGUUCAUCCAGAGACAGAGAGAGGAGCUGAAAGAGGUCCUGGCGCAGGCUGCAUCCUCAUCAUCGUCUUUCUCAUCGACGACCUCUGUGGGGGUGCUCCAGGGACUGCGGCGCUUCCUGUCCCAGGCCAAUUGCUUCCUGCUGGACAGCGGAGAGCUGUCACCCCCCCUAGAGACCCUGGUGCCUGCCUGACAAUGAGAAAGACUUAGCCCUGGAGAAGGCCAUGUUUGGCUGUGUGCUGAAGCCUCUGAGGGUGCUGCUUGGCCAGGCCCUCCUCUCCCUCCACAGACAGGAUGGCUCCACCAAGCGCCUGGCCUGCAGUCUCCUGGACUGCCAAGAGGGGGCGAU